AUGCAAUGUUUACAUCAAUCAUGUUUACAACGUUGGGUAAAACGUGCCGGUGUUAAAUCAUGUGAAUUAUGUAAAUUUGAAUUUAUAAUGCAUUCUGAACUAAAACCAAUUAAACAGCGGCAAAAAUUAGAAAUGAAUGUUAUUGAAAGACGAAAAAUAAUGUGUUCUGUUGCAUUUAAUUUAAUUGCUGUUACAUGUGUUCUUUGGUCACUUUAUGUUUUAAUUGAAACAGCACGAGAAGAAGUUAAAGCUGGAAAACUUCGUGAGUUUAUUUAA